AAUCUGAACCGGAAGUGACGUAGUCAUCCGCGGCGUGUUCACUAGAACAUUAGCAUGUUAGCAGCCAGCUGUUAUCAGACGGUCAGACCGUGUUUCUCUCGGUGUUUCCGUCUCUAACCGUAAAACAGGACAAUCAUCAAAACAUGAAGCGAAAACAAGAUGGCAACCAGAGAAGAUCAACCGAAAGACAGAGAGGAGGAGGAGAGAGAGGAAGAGCAGAAGGAGAGGAGGAGGAGGAGGAGGAGGAGAGACUCUCAGAGGUAGAGGCCGCAGAUUACCCAGAAUGCAAUGAGGGCGGAUCCUUGGCGCUGGAUGUAAAAGUGGAGGAUGGUGGUGAUGAAGGAAGCAGACAGGAUCCCUCCUCCAGUUCUCUGGCCGACGGCUCGGUGAAGAAGUCGUCUUCCCUGAGCAGCAGAAAACAAGGAGCGAGUGGCGAGCUGACGGCUGACGUGGUUAAAGAGAAGAAAGAACAUCGGUGUGGCGAGCUGACGGCUGACGUGGUUAAAGAGAAGAAAGAACAUCGGUGUGGCGAGCUGACGGCUGACGUGGUUAAAGAGAAGAAAGAACAUCGGUGUGGCGAGCUGACGGCUGACGUGGUUAAAGAGAAGAAAGAACAUCAGUGUGGCGAGUGUCUGAAGAGCUUCGACCGGCCGUGUCGUCUGCAGGUCCAUCAGAGGACGCACACGGGCGAGCGGCCGUUUGAAUGCUCACACUGUCACAAACGUUUUCAGAGUAAAUCCGUCCUGUUGGCUCACCUGAAGACACAUGGCGGCGAGCGCCCGUUCUGCUGCCAUGAGUGCGGGAAGUGUUUCGUGCACAGGCGGGCUCUGGUGGAGCACGCCAGGACACACACGGGCGAAAGGCCCUUCAGCUGUCAGCACUGCAGUCUGAGCUUCCUUGCUAAGAGCCACCUACAGCGCCACCUGUUGACCCACACGGAUGAGCGUCGUCAUCAGUGCGUAGAAUGCGGGAAGUGCUACAAGAGGAAGGAGCACCUGAGCAGCCACAUGCGAGUGCACAGCGGCGAGCGUCCGUUCAGCUGCAGGCUCUGCGGACGCAGCUACAGAGAGCGAGGGCGACUAGGACUGCACCUGCGCACGCACACGGGAGACAGUAAACGCCACGCCUGCUCGCUCUGCGGCCUGCGUCUGGUGUCGGCCAACCACCUGCAGAGACACAUGCAGACGCAUGGCGGCGAGCAGCUGCACAGCUGCCCUGAUUGCAGUAAACACUUCAGCAGGAAGGACAAGAUGAGGGAGCACAUGAGGAUCCACACCGGAGAGACACCGUACCAGUGCUCCCAGUGCUCACUACGCUUCAGGUGGAGGGCAGCGCUCAACGCUCACUUCAACACACACACAGCAAGUGACCAAGCGCUCUGAUUGGACGGCAGCAUUAAUCAGCACUUCAUCACACAUCAGACACGCCCACACGUCCCAGGACAGAGAGAACCGCUGACCUUGCCAUCAUGUUAGCAGGCUGUCACGUUAGCAGGCUGUCUCGUUAGCAGGCUGUCUCGUUAGCAGGCCGUCUCGUUAGCAGGCCUACACAUUAGCAGGCUAUAACGUUAGCAGGCUGUCACGUUAGCAGGCUGUCACGUUAGCAGGCUGUCACGUUAGCAGGCUAUAACGUUAGCAGGCUGUCACGUUAGCAGGCUGUCACGUUAGCAGGCUGUCAUGUUAGCAGGCUGUCAUGUUAGCAGGCUAUAAUGUUAGCGGGCUGUCACGUUAGCGGGCUGUCACGUUAGCUGGCUGUCACGUUAGCUGCCUGUCACGUUAGCGGCCUGUCACGUUAGCGGCCUGUCACGUUAGCUGGCUGUCACGUUAGCUGGCUGUCACGUUAGCGGCCUGUCACGUUAGCUGCCUGUCACGUUAGCGGGCUGUCACGUUAGCGGCUGUCACGUUAGCUGGCUGUCACGUUAGCUGGCUGUCACGUUAGCUGGCUGUCACGUUAGCGGCCUGUCACGUUAGCUGGCUGUCACGUUAGCGGGCUGUCACGUUAGCGGGCUGUCACGUUAGCUGGCUGUCACGUUAGCUGGCUGUCACGUUAGCAGGCUAUCACGUUAGCGGGCUGUCAUGUUAGCUGGCUGUCACGUUAGCAGGCUAUCACGUCAUGUUAGCAGGCUGUCAUGUUAGCAGGCUAUCACGUUAGCAGGCUAUCACGUCAUGUUAGCAGGCUGUCAUGUUAGCAGGCUAUCACGUUAGCAGGCUAUCACGUCAUGUUAGCAGGCUGUCACGUUAGCAGGCUAUCACGUUAGCAGGCUGUCACGUUAGCAGGCUGUCACGUUAGCAGGCUGUCAUGUUAGCAGGCUGUCAUGUUAGCAGGCUGUCAUGUUAGCAGGCUAUAAUGUUAGCAGGCUAUAACGUUAGCAGGCUGUCACGUUAGCAGGCUGUCACGUUAGCAGGCUGUCAUGUUAGCAGGCUAUAACGUUAGCAGGCUGUCACGUUAGCGGGCUGUCACGUUAGCUGGCUGUCACGUUAGCUGGCUGUCACUUUAGCUGGCUGUCACGUUAGCGGCCUGUCACGUUAGCGGCCUGUCACGUUAGCGGGCUGUCACGUUAGCUGGCUGUCACGUUAGCGGCCUGUCACGUUAGCUGCCUGUCACGUUAGCUGCCUGUCACGUUAGCUGGCUGUCACGUUAGCUGGCUGUCACGUUAGCUGGCUAUCACGUCAUGUUAGCAGGCUGUCACGUUAGCAGGCUAUCACGUCAUGUUAGCAGGCUGUCAUGUUAGCAGGCUAUCACGUUAGCAGGCUAUCACGUCACGUUAGCGGGCUGUCACGUUAGCUGGCUGUCACGUUAGCGGGCUGUCACGUUAGCUGGCUGUCACGUUAGCGGCUGUCACGUUAGCUGGCUGUCACGUUAGCGGGCUGUCACGUUAGCGGGCUGUCACGUUAGCUGGCUGUCACGUUAGCUGGCUGUCACGUUAGCGGGCUGUCACGUUAGCUGGCUGUCACGUUAGCUGGCUGUCACGUUAGCGGGCUGUCACGUUAGCUGCUGUCACGUUAGCUGGCUGUCACGUUAGCGGGCUGUCACGUUAGCUGGCUGUCACGUUAGCUGGCUGUCACGUUAGCUGGUUGUCUCUUUGAGUUUCUACAUUUCUACAUGCCGCUACUUAAACUCCGCCUUCUUUCUCUCAGACGUUACAUCACACACCGUUUUCUACACAGGAAUGUGUAGAAAAGUAAACUGACAAAUAAAGAAAAAGUUUUGGAAUAAGUUGUGUAAUAAAAGUCUCAUUAAGCCCUCACUGUUCAUGAAAGAUUUUGAAAUGUAAAUAAAGAGGUUUAUAUUUA